GCCGUCUUGAAGAAGUUCCCGAAUUGCCAAUCGUUUCAUAUCUCCUUGGCCAAUCAGCCCGAAUCGGGUACCUGGAUCGACUGUCUCAGCCCCAGUGAUGCAGUGACACUCGUGCUGCAUCUCAUCCCGAGCAUGGCAAGACCCGUCGAGUCAUUCAGCUGCUCCUACCCGGACUUCGACAAACAUUCGGCAGGGGUCAUAGAGCCCAGGAGAGUCUGCCCCCACACCUUUCAUGUUGUCCGCUUCGGCCUUUGCUGGUCCACCCUUACCGAGCUGUGCCUACUUGCGCAGGUGAAAGACGCUCUUCUGGCCGACUUUGUUUACGAGCUCAUUGAUCAGGCGCCCAAUCUGAAGAAGCUAGACUUGGACUGUGGUGGAGGCGAAGGGGUCGACGCCUUGUUCCAACUUCUGGGACAAGAGGGCAAUAACAUGAAGCUGGAGGUGUUCAAACUGUCAGGCGUGGUGGGUAUCUCGGGUCAGGACCUGCAGAGCUUUCUUCUCACCAACAGAAACUCUCUGCGCAUCCUGGAAUUGAGAACUGUUCGCUUUGACGCUGGGCUCUGGGAGACGGUCCUGGAGAGUCUGAUGCGCGAGUUCCCGGUCUUGAAGGAGCUAACUUUGCUUUGGAUCGCCGAUAGCACGACCGGUGUACGUAAUGCCUUUCUCUGCAUCUAUUCUCGUUGAAAGAGAAAAUUUGACUGACUGCUCACAGAGAUAUCCGAUCCAUUGGGUCCACGACAAUGUCAGGGAUGUACGAGGUCGCCAUGGUCGCAUUCGUAUUACCUACUCAGGUCUCCCUGUGCACAAUGCUCUAUACUCUCUUCUGGUACGCUAUCAGAUCCAGCCUCCGCAGCAGCUGUCAGUUCAAGAGGCCCAGUGAGUGCUUCUAUGGCAGUCUCGGGGUGGUAUGAUACGCUGUUGGCGCUGUGUUGUGUUGUCUGGGGUCUGAGAGAGGCUCUAGACUCUCUUGAUAACCUAUAUGUUAUCAAGAGAUCAAAUUCAUCAUGAUAAUUUAAUUCGCGCCGUAUUUCCUUCCUUCGGGUAAUCAGAAUGUAAUUGAUGUGGAAUGGAAGCUCUUGGUGAUUCUGCUCGAGCGAAG